CCUUUGUUUCUCUCAUUCAUUCUCACUCAAACCCUAAUUUUGCGAUGGCCGAUCCUCUGGAGAGACUGGGAUCGGAGGAGGAGGAGGACGCCGGCGGAUCAUCGAGGCUGAAGGAGGACGAGCUCUGCAUGGAGAUCGACCCGCCCUUCAGAGAAAGCACCGCCACCACGGAGGACUGGAGGAAGGCUCUCGCCAAGGUCGUCCCUGCCGUCGUCGUUUUGAGGACUACGGCGUGUCGUGCCUUCGAUACUGAGGCCGCCGGUGCUAGCUAUGCCACCGGCUUUGUCAUCGAUAAGCGCCGCGGGAUCAUCCUCACCAAUCGCCAUGUUGUCAAGCCUGGACCUGUAGUUGCGGAAGCUAUGUUUGUGAAUCGUGAAGAAGUUCCAGUAUAUCCUAUAUACAGGGAUCCGGUCCAUGAUUUUGGCUUCUUUUGUUACGAUCCUGAUGCAAUACAGUUUCUGAAGUAUGAAGAGAUUCCGCUUGCCCCUGAGGCUGCUUCAGUUGGAUUAGAAAUCAGGGUUGUUGGUAAUGACAGCGGUGAGAAGGUCUCCAUUUUGGCUGGUACUCUUGCUCGUUUGGAUAGAGACGCUCCUCAUUACAAAAAGGAUGGCUAUAAUGACUUUAAUACAUUCUACAUGCAAGCUGCAUCUGGUACUAAAGGUGGGUCCAGUGGGUCUCCUGUGAUUGAUUGGCUAGGUAGGGCGGUGGCUUUGAAUGCUGGUAGCAAGUCAUCAAGUGCAUCAGCAUUUUUUUUACCACUGGAACGAGUUGUGAGGGCAUUGAAGUUUCUCCAAAACGGCAGAGAUUCUUUUGUCAAAAAAUGGGAGGCAGUUUCUAUACUGCGUGGUACACUUCAGGUAACUUUUGUCCACAAAGGAUUUGAUGAGACACGGCGACUUGGUCUUCAAACUGAGACGGAGCAGAGAGUUCGACAUGCAUCUCCGCAGGGUGAAACUGGAAUGCUUGUUGUUGAAUCUGUGGUGCCAGGCGGUCCAGCUCACAAGUGUUUGGAGCCAGGUGAUGUUCUUGUUUGCAUCAAUGGGGAAGUAAUUACUCAAUUCCUAAAAAUGGAGUCGUUACUUGAUGAUAGUGUAAAUCAGAAAAUUGAGAUACAGAUCGAAAGGAGUGGCACGCCAUUAACUGUAAACUUGCUGGUGCAGGAUUUACACUUGAUAACCCCAAAUUACUUCUUAGAAGUAAGUGGUGCAGUUAUACACCCUCUCUCGUAUCAACAGGCCAGAAAUUUUCGCUUCCAAUGUGGCCUCGUGUAUGUGGCGGAGCCAGGAUAUAUGCUCUUUAGAGCUGGAGUUCCACGCCAUGCUAUCAUUAAGAAGUUUGCUGGUCAGGAAGUAUCACGACUUGAUGAUCUAAUUUCAGUUCUAUGCAAGCUAUCUCGUGGUGCUCGAGUACCGUUGGAGUAUGUAAGCUAUGCAGAUCGUCAUCGGAGGAAGUCAGUCCUGGUCACCGUGGAUCGCCAUGAAUGGUAUGCCCCUCCGCAGAUAUACACUCGUGAUGAUAGUACUGGUCUUUGGACUGUGAAGCCUGCUUUUCAGCCUGAUGCUAGUCUACUUCCAUCUGGUGUCAAUAAUCUUAAUGGUAUAAGAAGUCUUGCAGUCCCUCUAUGUACUGAGGCCUCUUCUUUCGGACACAUGCAUCAUGAUAGCCAUGUAGAAUUCAAUGAAGGGGUCACCAGUAUGGAGACCAGUUAUGAACAUUCUGAAGGAGGAGUUCCUCGGGAUGAAUCUGAUGUUGAAACAAAGAAACGCCGAGUAAAGGAGGAUUUUUCUUCUGAUGCCAAUGUCUUAGCCGAUGGUUCCUUUCUUGAAAGAAAUGAAGGUGAUGUGGAGGAUGCAGAUAUUGUGGAGAAUUCUGUGAUGAGAGAUUUUCAAGGUGAAAAUCUAGCAGCAGCUAAUUCUUCACUAGCUGAACGUAUUAUCGAGCCGACUCUCGUUAUGCUUGAGGUUCAUGUACCACCAUCAUGUAUGCUCGACGGUGUACAUUCACAACAUUUUUUCGGGACUGGUGUCAUUAUAUACCAUUCACAAGACAUGGGAUUGAUUGCUGUUGACAAAAAUACUGUUGUGAUAUCUACAUCUGAUGUGAUGCUCUCAUUCGCUGCAUUUCCAAUAGAAAUUCCAGGGGAGGUUGUUUUUCUCCAUCCUGUGCACAAUUAUGCUCUCAUUUCAUAUGAUCCAUUGGCCCUGGGCGCUGUUGGAUUCUCGCUUGUUCGAGCUGCUGAACUACUUCCUGAGCCUGCAAUACGUCGUGGGGAUUCUGUGCAUCUUGUUGGGCUAAGUAGAAGCCUACAAGCAACGUCUAGAAAGUCUAUAGUGACCAACCCAUGUGCUGCUGUAAAUAUUAGCUCUGCUGAUUGUCCACGUUACAGAGCAACCAAUAUGGAAGUGAUUGAGCUUGAUACUGAUUUUGGCAGUACAUUCUCUGGAGUGCUAACUGAUGAGCACGGAAGGGUCCGAGCUAUUUGGGGUAGCUUUUCAACUCAGCUGAAAUUUGGUUGCAGUAGCUCUGAGGAUCAUCAAUUUGUAAGAGGUAUCCCAAUAUAUACAAUCAGUGACGUCCUUGAACAAAUCAUAUCUGGUGCUCAAGGCCCUCCUCUUCUCAUCAAUAGUGUCAAAAGGCCGAUGCCUCUAGUUAGAAUUUUGGAAGUUGAACUGUAUCCUACACUGCUUUCAAAAGCCCGCAGUUUCGGAUUGAGUGAUGAUUGGGUCCAAGAACUUGUCAAGAAAGAUCCAAUUAGGCGACAGGUUUUACGUGUGAAAGGAUGUUUAGCUGGAUCCAAGGCCGAAAAUCUGUUAGAACAAGGGGACAUGGUCUUGGCAAUCAAUAAGGAGCCAGUGACAUGCUUCCGUGAUGUAGAAAAUGUCUGCCAAGCAUUGGGAAGAAAUGAAAACAAAGAUGGAAAGCUUAGCAUGACCAUCUUCCGUCAGGGGCGUGAAAUUGAUGUUCUUGUCGAAACAGAUAUUAGGGAUGGGAGUGGCACUACACGUGUGAUAAAUUGGUGUGGAUGUAUCGUUCAGGAUCCCCAUCCCGCAGUGCGUGCUCUUGGAUUUCUUCCAGAAGAAGGUCAUGGUGUUUAUGUGGCAAGGUGGUGUCAUGGUAGCCCAGCACAUAGAUAUGGCCUCUAUGCUCUCCAGUGGAUUGUUGAAGUUAAUGGCAAAAAGACUCCUGAUUUAGAUGCUUUCUUGAAUGUCACAAAGGAAAUAGAACAUGGAGAGUUUGUUCGUCUACGGACCAUCCACCUAAAUGGAAAACCAAAAGUUCUGACGUUGAAGCAGGACUUGCACUACUGGCCCACAUGGGAGGUCAGAUUUGAUCCUGACUCCGCUAUGUGGCGUCGACACACAAUCAAGGCACUUGACUAUAGUUCUUGUCUAUAAAGAACACAUGGUCUUGAUAUCUGGUGAAUGUAUUAUGACAUCUGAGGUACAGAACAUUGUUUCGGUAUUAGGAUUACUGAUCGAGUGUCAUAUACCGGCAGGCAACUAGCGGCCUCAAUUAUCAUUUAUAGUGCUUCGUCAUAUUCUGAAACGAUAUUUAGAGUUGAUGACAAUUGUAAUAUAAAUGUUAGCCAAUGGUUCUACUCCAGAAACCGUGCAAUUGUUAUUUCCUAUUUUUCGGUUUCUACAUUUAAUCCAUAAGAAACCAUGCAUUCUUUCUCAGAA